AUUUAAUAUGUUGGAUAUAUAGGCAAAAACAAACAAAGAAAUUUGGUAAGCCAAGAAAUUAUUGUACGAAAGUGAUGGAAAUACCAAGAGGAGCUUGAUCCUAAAUUUGGUUGCACUAGUAAAAUAAAACAAAAGAAUCUUAGGGAUUAUUAUUAAUUUUACUAUUUUACAGCAUUAUUGGCUCUGAUGAUAAGUGGACUUGUGAAAUUGAAUCUGCAAAUAAUAGUAUGAACUUGAUUUAAUCAUUACAGGAGGCCAUUACAUUUGCGUUGAAAUGAGAAGGACCAUGAAUUGUAAAACCAUAAGUGGUCCAAUAAGAUCAGAAAUAUUUUUGAAAGUGAAACAAGACCUUUAAGCCAGUGCAAUUGUAUUUCACAUUUCAUUGAUUAUAGAUUGAAUGUCCUUGGGAAAUAGCUGUUUCAGAAGUUAGAUUAUGUUUCAUAUUGCUUUCUAUCUCGAGUGUGCUAAUUGGAAUCUAUGCCUUGCGAAAAUCAAAUAAGAAGUAUGGAGAACUUAGUUUUUAAAUAGGAAUAGCAUUUUCUGUUUUGUUAGUAUAUUGAUGUUUUAACAUAUUAGUUGAUAUCUGCUUAUUUUGAUUAUGUGUCGAUCAAAGCUUCACAGAUAAAUAAUUACAAUUUAUGCAAUUUAUAGGAAGAAUUUUCGAUAGAGGAGAAAAUGAAGGUAAAAUGUGAUUGAUCUUUAGGGAUAAAUGGAGUGUUCAUUCUCAUUUUAUAAUUUUACAGUUUUUCUUGAAUUAGCAUGCUCGAUUGCAUUGAUCGUGAAUUCGAUAUUUAUUAAUUAAUGGAGAUAUAAUCAAAUAACAGAACUUAAUGAUUAAUUGUGA